UUUUUUCGAUUUACGCACGCGCUACUUUUCACUGCCACUGCUAUAUGGAGAAAAGUGUGGCUACGAGGAGGACGAAAAAUGUAAAAAAACAUUCAAGCAAUAAUUAGUUUUAAAUAUCAGUGAAAUCAAGAUUGCAAAUGCACUGGGUGACUUGUAAUAAAUGCUGGGUAAAGUUCCAGCCAAACUUCAAGUUUUGUCUAUCGGAAUGCGGUCACAUUCUUUGCGGAAAAUGCGUCCAAAGCACAAUAAAAACUAAACGUUGCCUGAUUUGUAAUAAAACGGCUGUAGCAAUAGAACUAGGAAAAAAUAUGGAAUCGACGACCCAAAUGUUUUUUUGGCCUUUGGAAAAUGUUUUUAAUCAAUCUCUCAAAAUUUACAGUUUUCAAGCAAUGCACCGAUCCAUAUUCGCACAAGCCUUAUCCAAAAAGUACAAUUAUGCCAAAAAUGAAUGCGUUCGUUAUUUUAGUGCCAACAGAAAAUUGCAGAAAGAUAUCAAGGUGUUGAGAGAAAUGCUCCAGGUCUCAGAAGCGAAUCCUCCACCAUUUCCUACAAGUUCAAUGCCAACAUCUAACCGCUCUAAUCAAUCUACCCCUAACAACUGGCCCUCGAAGCAAUAUACACUGCAAUCCGAGCACCAUCCAGGAAGAGCACAACGAGUUGGCUAUCCUCAGCAGAACUAUUUCCUUCAUAAUAACACCAAUCAACAAUCUACUCCUCGUGUAGGAAGGACGCAACAAGUAGGAUAUUCUGAGAGCUAUUUACCUCAUAAUAACACUAAUCAGCAAUCAACUGAAUCUCGUCAAGGAAGGGCGCAACAAAUGUAUAUCCCGCAUAAUAAAACUAAUCAGCAAUCAACUGAGCCUCGUCUAGGAAGGACGCCACCAGUAGGGUAUCCUCAGAACUAUUUCCCUCAAAAUAAAACUAAUCAACAAUCAACUGAGCCUCAUCCAGGAAGAGUGCAACGAGUAGGCUAUCCUCAGAACUAUUUGCCUCAGAAUGAGACCAAUCAACAAUCAUCAAUGCCAACGCCCUAUCAACAAGGUCCGUUUACGACUACGAGAUCAUCCUCAUCUUCCAAUACCACACCCUCUCAAUACCAGGCAAUUCCCCAAAGAUAUCCGACUCCUGUCCAUGGUUCACUUAAACGGCCCUUGCAGAACCCUAGUUACCACACGCCUACUUUUAAGGAUAAGUAUAAAAAGUCAUCGUUUUCAUCCACAAUGUACCGCAGGUAGUAAGCGUUCGUUAAUUUAUUGUUAUUAAAUUGUAUGGUAUGGUAAAACAACUGAAAAACGUGCAAGAGAUUAAAACCAAGUUCAAGGAUAAACCAUGUCAGUUAUUUUACCAUACAGUUCUGUAAUCUAAAUGUAAGUUCUUCAUUUCCUAAUUAAUUCCUAAUGAAUAUUUAUGUAUUUCUUAUUAUAAUAAUUAUUUUAUAAUGGCAAAUAAUCCCUGGUCAAAUUUUAAAGAAUUAUACACUGAUCAAAACAAAAAAG